GAAUUAGAGCUGUUUAAAACAUGGGAAUUGAUGCCAAAGAUGUCGGAGCUCUGUUCUGGAAAAUUCUCAGAUUUUCCACGAACAUCGUUUAUACAAACGUAAAGAAUCACCCAGUUGUUUCUGGUGUUUCUGCGUUCAUCUUCCUCUUAUACAUUUUUCUUCCUCGGCUUUUCUAUUUUGUCCUUUACUCUUCUCCAUUAAUCGCCUGCUCUGUGUUUUAUCUUCGGAAUCAUCCAAGUUUCAAGCUUUUGCAUAUCAAAACGGAUAAUUGGUUUUCACCAUUUUCCCAAAAGAGGUCUGAGGAAGAAGAAACAAGGAAGGCUGACUUAAAGCACCAACGAAGUGUUCGACGAAAUGCCAGAAGGAAAGUUGAAGAGGUUGGGAAAGAUUGGGACUCUUCUCAGGCUAGCGAGGAUGAGAGAGACAAAGUCAUUUUAACAACUCUAUAUGGCGAAAUCCCCAACACUGAUAAAUCUCCCGAACUCGAGAAAUUCAAGAAAGAUAGAGCCUUUCUUGUUGCAGAAGAUUUCUCCUCUGAGCCUAGCUUAGAUGAAGAAACUCUUUCAACAACCGGGAAUGUGGAUCCAUCGGAGAGGUUAACGAGUGGUGGUGGCGAAACCGAAAUAGAGUGUUCAUCAUCAUCAGAAGGCGAAGAAGAAGAAAUUAUUCAUGAAGACAAAAAGGUACUUGUAGCUUGGACAGAGGAUGAUCAGAAGAAUUUGAUGGAUUUAGGAAACUCUGAGAUGGAACGUAACAAGAGAUUAGAGCAUUUGAUUACAAGAAGGAAAAUGAGGAGAUUAGUCCGACUUGCGGCUGAGAGUAGCCUAAUGGAUAUGGAAGUUCCUUCAAUAUGUGUUGGACGCAACUAUUUCGGUUUGGAUCAAGAAAAUUAUAUAGUUGAUGGUCUUCAAAUGCCUGAAUCUGCACCUUCUGUGUUAUUACCAACUAAAAACCCCUUUGAUAUUCCUUAUGAUCCACAAGAAGAGAAGCCUAACCUCUCAGGGGAUAGUUUUCAGCAGGAGUUUGCAGCCAACCCUAAUGAUAUCUUCUUCUGCCGCCAUGAAAGCUUUUGUCGCAGAGUCUUUCCAUUGGAAAAUCAGCUUGACACCAAAUGGGAACCGUGGAAAAAGUCAAUUGAUGCUUUGUCUAGACCACAACAAGGUUGCAAUGAUGGAUUGGUUGGGGACAAACAUCCUAUAAUGAAAGGAAAAGAUCUAACAAGAGGAGAAGUAAAUGAUAUGAAGUCAGAACACAUGACAGAGAUUGUUGUGAGUGAUUCAAACUCAUUGCUUUCUCCUGUAGAAAGGGAAAUGGAUUCCAAUGUCUCAAAUCAAGCAGAUUCUUCUGGAACUUCCGGGAAACCAAAUGGUGAUCUUCGUAUUGAAAACCCUUUAGUUGGUUUAGUUCCUAGAAACACAGGUUCACUUUCGACUUCUUUAGCAGCCGAAAGGCAAAGAUACGUGGAGCAUUUUGGUUACAGCUCAAGAAAAGGUCAUAAGUUAUCCGCAGAAUCUGAUCUUCAAGUUGAGUUUUCUGAAAUCGGAUCACCUCCCACUACAGUUGAUGGGAAUAAUUCUUCUGAUGAAGAGAAAUCACUCUUUGUCUACGAAUCAGACACCGGGAAGGAGGCGCACUUUAGUGGUGAGGAAAAUGAGGUGAAACAGAAGAGCAUUGUGGAUAGAACUGCAGAAACUCAAAUGUUGCCAGUGGAGAAAGUUGAUCAAGUUUUCGAUGAAAAGAGUUCUACAAUCUCUCCAGAAACUUAUGAAGCCAAACAAUUUGAGGGUCUGUCUGAUGGUACAAAUGUCAAUGAAAGAUCCGAGGAAGAAGAUAGCUCAAAAUCCGGACACUUUCCACUGGAAACAGUUCCUCACAUCAAUGAAGUUAUUCCGAGAAGAGAAGAGGAAUCACUGGAACUUGUCCAAAACUCGACUGAUGAGAUGAAGAUAAAUGACGACUCUGAUGAACCUGAACCCUUAACAAAUCAAGAAUCUGAAGAGCAUUUUGGGGGAUAUGAUGGAGACCAAUCAACUCAAGAGAUGCAAGAACUUAUUGAACCUGAAGUGACAAACGUGAACAAUGUCACAUCAGACGAGUCUGCUACUUCCCCAAGAUCAGUGUUACCAGACAUGUUAUUACCUUUAGACCAGACUUAUACUCUGACUUCUGAGAGUUUGGAACAUACAUUAGAUAGUCAACCUCAACUUGUCAUUCCAUAUCCAGAAUCUCCUCAUAAUCAUUCAGGUGUUGAUGGGGACAGUAGAUGAAGUGUGCUCAGAGGUCAGUUUCAAUGGCUUCUCCGUGCACUUGAACUGAAAUGUACUUUUAACAGAAAGAUGAAGUGUGUUUUCUAAAACAGGGACAAUCUAACUAUCUGAGGCAAGUGAGGAUGCUACAGAACAAGUUUCUUCUAUUGUUUAACACUCAACAAAUUCAGGCUUAUGCA